CGCGCCCGCUCUCAACCCCCACGCGGCGCCCUCGAGCGCAUCGAUCGAUCGGCGCGCAGAACCGAUCACGUUUGGUAGGAGAGAGGAAACGUCGUCGGCGGAGUAGCGGUUCGCAGCCAUGGUGGUCAACCGCACGAGCAAGAUGCUCGCGUACAUCAACUACAGGAUGAGGAUCACAAUCGUGGACGGGCGGCAGAUCGUCGGCAGGUUCAUGGCGUUCGAUCGUCACAUGAACCUGGUGCUGUCGGACGCGGAGGAGUUUCGCAAGUUGCCGCCGAAGAAGGGCCUGACCGAGGAGGAUCGGGCGGUCCGACGCGUGCUCGGUUUCAUCCUGCUGAGGGGCGAGGAGGUGGUCUCGAUGACCGUGGAGGGACCCCCGCCGCAGGAGGACAAGCGCGCGCGGGCGCAGGCUGCGCCCGCGGGGCCCGGGUCGGGCCGCGCCGCGGGGCGCGGGAUGCCCGGCAUGGUGGGUGCACCCGCGCCGGGACUCAUGGGGCCCAUCGCGGGACUGGGAGGGCCCUCCGCGGCGUCGAUGCGCCCGCAGUUCAGCGCUCCUCCCGUCGGCGCGCCGGGAUUCAGGCCCGGGAUGCCCCCACCCGGCAUGCCCCCGCCGGGAUUCAGGCCCGGGAUGCCCCCACCCGGCAUGCCCCCGCCGGGAUUCAGGCCCGGGAUGCCGCCCCCGGGCAUGCCCCCGCCGGGGUUCAGGCCCCCGGGCCCGCCGCCGCCCCAGUGAACCCGUCGCGACGUCGCGAAGCGGGGCGCCGUUUGAACUAUGGUCGCGUUUUUUGGCGACGAGACUCUCUGUUUUUUCUUGGCGCGGCGGGGAGAAGAGGCGACGUGUUUAGGACCCGUACAUCGUAUAGACGCCCGCGGGUGGCGGGGCGUUUCUUUAUCGAACGAAAGCAGAGUAUGU